GCUGGAGACUCCCAUGGUCAAGUCAGCGUCACCUCAAUGAGGACCUACAGGCAGACAGCGUUCUGGAAGGCUCACAACGACAGCGUGCUGGGUGUCGAAAUGGUCACGGACGACAUUAUCGUGACGUCUGGAAGAGACAAUGAAUUACACGUUUGGUCAUUGUCUGGAAAGGGCAAAGAAGACCGUGGCAGUGAAAGUCAACCCUCAGCGACCUCUUUACCUCAGCCAGCCAAACUCUACACAGUCGCGGUAAAUGCGAUGAACUAUUGCCGUUUCUCCAUACUUGCCUGUGGUGAUGCACCGGGUCGGCCACACAGCGAAGAUUUGGGAUGCCCUGAAAUGCUCAUCGCAGUUCCUCAUACGCUUGAAUCGGCGUAUAUCGACUUGCUACGGGUGUCGUCCAGCGCGGGCAGCCCGCAGCGGCUCGCAACAGCACUUGGCAAACCUGACCUUGCUUCUUCCGAAGCUGUGAAGUCGAGCAGGCAAGCGAUCGUCAUGGCCCUUCAUCUCUUCCGCCAGAACCCUCAACACCGAAGCUCUGGGCCGCCACUUGAGAAAAUGGAUGCUGCAAGUGAUUUGCAUCUUCUCGUUGGAUAUGAGGACGGACGGGUUGUCUUGUGGAGACAGGAGUGUAAUUUUCCUGCGCAACGUGCAACGGCACAUGGGGGCAUGCCAAAAGAAGGACAUUGGGUUCGCAGGGCCCCUGACUCUUGCUUGCCUGCAGUACUUUCCCUCUCGCUCUCGCCAUGCGCAAAAUUUGCUAUAUCGACCGGGGCGGAUGACGUGCUUGUUCGAUAUGAACUCAGCAGUCUGGUUCAGAAAGGGCAGACGAAGCGCAUUUCAGUCUACAAGACGGGCUUUGGUGGUCGUGCAUGCAGCUGUAUCCGCGCGGACAGCGAGGUAGUCGCCGCGGGAGGCUGGGACGGUCGUAUCCGGGUCCACGCUGGAAGCACCUGCAGGCAACUGGCUGUCCUCUCAUAUUUCAAGGACACCGUGCAGGCCAUUGCCUACGCACCUGAUCUUCGCGAUCAACAUUCAGAAAGAACAUCACCUGGCUGUGAUGAGUCCGAUUCGGAUGAAGGCUGGGACGUCGGCGCCCACGAACGCAUUGAAGAAGCGUACAGAUGGUUGGCAGCUGGCGGAAAGGAUGGGCGCAUCGCACUGUGGAGCGUC